UUCCUGAGGUUCCUCCACGAGAGGUAGCGGCGUUUGUAAACUACUGCAGGGAAAUUAACAAGGACUUCAUAAUCGGAUGUGAUGCCAACGCUCAUCACACCAUGUGGGCAAGUACGGAUAUCAACUACAGAGUAUCGUAUGAAUUUCUGGUGGCGAAGGCUGGUUCUGAAUGAAUUUUCCCCAGGAUGACCAUUUUUAAUCUGAAAAAUUUCCCCAAUGUUUGCCGACUGUGCCUACAAUCAAAGUCACCAGCUGAAGUGGUAGCAUUGGAUAGCUAUCUCCCUCUUCACGGACAAGCAAUAAUCGAAAUGAUUGAAGAAAUAACUUUCAAAGUACCUUUGGAAAUAGCAUGCUAUCUUCCCAUGGACGUGUGUGAACAGUGCCUGGAGGUGUUCGAGUUUUUCUACAAGUAUAAACAAAAAUUAAACCUUAUCCAACGCUUCGCAUGCUGUUUGGCGGAUGUGAAGUGCGAGAACCAACAGCCUCUCGUUGAUCUGUUCGAGACAGACAGAAACCAUCUAGAGGUGUUGUUUAAAGACUUGAAUCUUUGCGAGAGGGUUGACUUCCAGGCAAAGGAUUUACUGGAUGAAUUCCACGAGUACGAUAUUGCUUCGAUGAUUUGCAUCAAAGUUGAGUCUGAUAAUGAAAGUGAAUGCGAGGCUAAGUCUGGGGAAAACCACGAUACGGAUGCUGAUGGUUGUAGUGAGGGGCAGGAUUUCAAACUACAAGCGUCAAGCUUUCUCGACGAAUUUCAGAAGGCGCUUGAAGAACAGGAAGAAGAUCAGAAUGAUUCUGAUUCAAAUUCCGCUCAUGUAGAGUUUGUCGUUAGAGAAUUAGAUGAAGAUUCUAGGUCUCAGUUAACUUUGAUUGAAGAAGAUGAAGAUGAUGAUGAAUUAGAGCAGGACGAAGAGGACCAUGUGAGGCCUGCCAAGAGACGACGUCAUGUUCGUUUGCUAGAAGAGGAAGUCGAGCUGCAAACAUGCAAUUUAGACUGCAAGUUCAGUACAUCAUUUCCAUCUCAAUUCGAAAAGCAUUUGGCUAAAAUGCAUCUUGAUGACAUAGGAUCUUUAUCAUGCCAUCGCUUGAGCUGUGACGGUGAAUUGUUCGAUAGUAUCGAAUUACUGAGGCAACACAAAAACGAUCUCCAUAAUACACACAUUUGUAUGGUGUGCGGAAAAGUGGUGAAGCACCUGAUUGCUCUGGAAAAUCAUGUAAAAUGCCACAACAGAGAGGGCGAACCAACGCUUAACUGCACGAUGUGUGAAGAGAUGUUCCGAACAGAAUCGGAGCUCCAUAAGCAUAUAGCAAAAGUGCAUCUGAUACGAUUUUCCUUUGAUUGUCCGGAAUGUGGACUGGGUUUCAAGCAAAAAUUACUUUUGACGCAACAUCUGCUCACUCAUUCGGUCGAACGAAACUUCAACUGCGACCAAUGUGGUAUGGCGUUCAAAACUUCCAACCAUCUCCGGCGCCACAUACGCACCGUGCACACAGAGAUACGUUAUACCUGCGAGCACUGUCACAUGUCAUACGGUCGACGGGAUAAACUGCGGAUGCACAUGGAGCGAGUUCAUGAUAUUCAAACCUACUUUGUAUGUGACAUCUGCUGCACUUCGUUCGAAAGUGAUGAUAAGCUUCAGGAACACAAAAAUCGUCAUGAGACUCCGAAAGAUCUGGAAUGUGGUAUCUGUUUGGCCGUAUGCACCAAUCCCGACGAGUUUAAUGAACAUUCGUGCAUAACCUAUCAGGACGACUACGUAUGCUGUAAUCGCGACUUUCGGUAUCAUUCGUAUUACAAUCGACAUAUGUUCUUGACCCAUGGUGUGAGUACGAAUGCCCGCGUUAAACCCAAAGCCGGAGUACUGAUGGGAAAACAACGAGCAAUGCGAAAACCAGUCGAACGGUGUACCAAAUGCGAACAUGUAUUCCCGACCCGAAAGCUGAAGAAACAACACAUGGGAACGUGCGAAGGACAAGUGGUAAUCUUCCAAAUUGAACCAGUGGCGGGGAACCUUUCGGAGAGUUAAAUUGAAUUUGUACAUAGCAACACAUUUUUUUUUUGCGUAGAAUUACUUUUAUUUUAUGACACAAAACAACCGAAAUCCAGGGCGACAACUGGGUGUGCUCUAUCAACUGUUUGAGUGCUAUUGAUUUAUGUUUUCAACUGAACAGAAUCUUUCUUUGACCACACACUCAAUCGAAAGAAGGCGACUGGGAUCGCGUGGGCAUGUCUUCACAUGUCUCUUUUGAUGACUGAUUGUGAUCUAAUCUGUAUCUUGGUG